CACGCAUCUCCAUCAACAGCGCAGGAAACUAUCUCAUAACCAAACACAGGCCGAAUCGUCCCUCUAGAUAAACAGGGACGGGAGCUUUAACGAGAAGAAGUUCUCUGAUGCUCUCUGAUGCUCUCUGAUGCUCUCUGAUGCUUUCUUGUGAUACAUCGAGAUGCAGUGGCCUUCAUUAAGCGUUGUUCUCUGUGAAAUAUUUCUGGCGUAUAUCGUGUACUCGAUAUACAUUCUAUCGUUGCUGUUCGUGUCACCGGUUUGCGAGGAUGGACAGCCAUGCCUCCAGUCAUAUCUGACUGAACGGCCGCGGUUGGAUUUAUACAUGUACAGCUCUGUUAGAAGAAAUCCUACCAACAGAGACACCGAUCUCGUCUACUCGGCGCAAAGCUUUAAUUACGAUCAAAUGCAAACCAUUCCAGUAAUACUGACUGUACCACACAAGACACGGCAAAAUGGAACAUUGUUUUUACAUAUAUUAUUAAUACCUUCUUCUGUAAAACAGGACAGGACAUUUGUUGAUUUGCAAAAAGAUAUAUCUACUUCAUAUAUUGCUAUUAAAAUGACACAAUACAUAGUACCUGAAGUGGAAGCAUUCAAGUUGUUAGGCAACAAAAACCAUAAGGCAAAGAAAAUUGAUAGCGAGAUUGUCAUACAUCCAGUUUCACAUGUAAAAAGUCACGUAACUUUUACAAUAAUGACAGACAAUGUUACACUUCCUAUAUAUGGCAUGCCUGCCGAGCUCAUAAAUCAUAUCAAAAUAAUUGGUAAACGGGCAUUCUUGCCAAUUAUAAACUGUGAUUUCUUACAAACACGACAUCGAGAUCUUAAGAAGAUUACCCCACAAAAUUAUACAAUAAAUGUCACGAUAGAAUAUUCUCCUGUGUCUCUAGGAAAAUUAAGAUUGAUGUUGCACGUGCAAGCAACUAUGGAAAAUUUGAAGAAUCUCGGCUUCUCCGAUAAAGAUGUUGAUGAGGUAAAAGGCAUCUUUGCUGAUACAAAUGUCUACUUACUAGGUGGUACGUUCUUCAUCUCAGCUGUACACUUGGUGUUUGACUUCCUUGCUAUUAAAAAUGAUGUAAGCUUUUGGCGGAAAAAAAGUAAUCUUAUAGGUCUCAGCAAAUGGACUAUGAUAUGGCGUUCGUUCAGUCAAACUAUUAUUUUCCUUUACCUUUGCGAUCAAGGUUCUUCCUUACUUAUUCUCGUCCCGACAGGUAUCAGCACUGUUAUCGAGCUAUGGAAAUUUAAAAAAAUAUCGAGAGUGGAAUUAAUCAACAGUGGUAACAUUUUGCCAAGAAUACGAUUAAAAACCAAUGAUAUUGAUACAGCAGAAAUGAAAACUAGAGAGUUCGAUGCCGAGAGUAUGCGUUAUCUUAGUUAUUUGUUAUAUCCAUUAGUCAUCAUUGGUGCAACCUACUCGUUGCUUUAUCAGCCUCAUAAAAGUUGGUAUUCUUGGAGUAUAAAUUCCUUAGUAAAUGGAGUUUAUGCAUUUGGAUUUCUCUUUAUGCUGCCGCAAUUGUUUGUCAAUUAUAAAUUGAAAUCCGUGGCGCACCUACCGUGGAGAGCGUUCAUGUACAAAGCAUUUAAUACGUUCAUCGAUGAUGUGUUCGCUUUCAUAAUUACGAUGCCGACUGCUCACAGAAUAGCAUGUUUUAGAGACGACGCCGUUUUUCUAAUAUAUCUGUAUCAAAGAUGGUUAUAUCCAGUGGAUAAAUCACGUAUGGAUACCAAUACAAUUACAGAAGAAGCUGUUGAUUUCGGCAACGAUACAAAUAAAAAAACAAAUUAAUGAUUCCUAUUACAUACUGUUAUCGCUUAUCUUCGUUACUUAGAACUUCAAACUUUCAUAACAUUAUGUUAAAGCAUUAUAAUAUGCUAAUAAACAGUAUUUAUAUAACUAAUGUGCAAAUUUAACUAAUAUAUUCAAUUGUUACAAAA